AUGGAGGACGAAGAGAUUAUAGACAUUCGCAGUGAUUGUGAAUCAGUUGAUGGCUUAUGGGAUUCUGAUAGUGAUGCUGUUUCAGACAAUGAAUAUAGUGAAGAUAAUGAACAAAUUUCAUCGGAGGACUCUGAAAAUGAAAUUGACGAAUCUUUGAAAGAUCGCUUAGAGAAGUUAGAUGGCAUUUGGGAAAAGAGAAGCAGGUCAAGCGAAAAUAUACCUUUUACAGAGGAUUCAGGACCUAAUGUACCUGAAUCAGUUACUUCUCCAUUAGAUAUUUUUUACUGUUUGUUUACAACAGAGAUAAUUGAUAUUUUAGUGGUUCAAACUAAUCUUUACCUAAAUCAGAAACAGAGUACAUUAGAUCCAGUAUCCAAAGCUGAAAUGCUUACGUUUAUUGGUAUCAAUAUAUUAAUGGGCAUAAAAAGACUUCCGUCUUACAAAGAUUAUUGGUCCAUGAAUUCCCAACUAAACGACCCAUACAUCAGUAAUCUCAUGAGUUGUAAUAGAUUUAGUUUCUUCUUGAGUCACUUGCAUGCUAAUGAUAAUGAUAAAGAACCCAAAAAAGGUGAAGCAGGAUAUGACAAACUUUACAAAAUAAGGCCAAUAAUUGAAAAACUGAAUGAGAGUUUUAAGAACUGUUUUAAGCCCAAUCAACAUCAAUCGGUAGAUGAGUCGAUGGUAAAAUAUAAAGGGAGGAGUACUAUGAAGCAGUAUAAUGCCGCUAAGCCAAUAAAAAGAGGUUGCAAAAUUUGGGUUCGUGCUGAUAUGACCGGUUACGUCUGCGAAUUCCAAAUUUAUACAGGUAAGUCAACCAAUGCCAAAGAGAAAUCAUUAGGAUUUAGGGUUGUACGAGAUCUUACUCGAGCAAUUGUUGGCAAGUUUCAUAGAGUUUACUUUGACAAUUUUUUCACGAGCAUCGAUUUAAUUGUUUCCUUGAAGGCUGAUGGAAUCUUAGCUUGUGGAACUGUUCGACCAAAUCGAAUUGGUUUACCAAAAAAACAAAUGUCUGAUAAGAAAAUGGUCCGCGGUGAAAUGGAAUAUCGUACAUCCUACACAGGUGUUCGCUGGCUAAAACGGAAAGACAAUAGAUCGGUCCAAUUUUUAUCUAACUUCCAUGAUCCUUCUAAACCAGAAACAGUAAGUCGAAAACUAAAAGAUGGUUCGCGAAUCCUUGUUCCUUGUUCAGUUAUGGUGUCAGACUACAAUCAGCACAUGGGGUAUGUAGAUAAAGCUGAUCAGCUCAAAUCUACAUAUCAGAUAAGUAGGAAAUCGAAAAAGUGGUGGCCUCGUCUUUUUUGGCAUCUACUCGAUGUGGCGAUAACCAAUGCCUAUAUUAUUUAUGUGGAAAAAGGAAACAAAAAUAUGACAUUAAAAGCUUUUCGAUUAGCCAUAGUAGAUGGUUUAGUCGGUGGAAUUCAGCCAUUAAAAAAAAGUAGAAAAAAUUUACCAAAAGUGUUAGGGCCACAUAAACCCCAAAUAUCAGUAGAGAAAAGACGCUCUGGUUCUGCACAUCUACCUGUGUAUAAUCAAGACGGAAAACGAAGACGAUGUGCCCUUCGCAGCAAUAGCGCAAAAGAACGAAAAUCUGCUUGGAUUUGCUCGGAAUGUAAAGUUGCACUUUGCUUAACGUCGCAGAAAAACUGUUUUCAGGCUUACCAUUCUUAA